GAGUCCAAAAAGGCUAAUCAAGAACAUGAGAAGGCCAAAAUAGAAGCAGAUAAGCAGAAACAAGGAUAUGCUUUGAAAGACCUAUCCAGGUUGUUAAGCUUGGCCAAGUAUGAUUGGAAAUUGUUGACUUUAGCACUAAGUUUAUUGCUAAUAUCAUGUUCUAUUGGAAUGGUCUUGCCGAAGGCUUACGGCUUGGUGUUAGAUGCUGCUAAGAAUGUUAUUGAUGGAGAGUUGCCUCCCAUCAUUUAUGGAUUGUCAUUAUAUGAAUUUGUUGGUAUCGUUGGUGCCCUAUUGGUACUUGGUAUUGCUACAAAUUACGGUCGUAUAAUAUUACUAAGAAUAUUGGGUGAAAAAUUAGUUGCAAGAUUAAGAGCUAAUGUUUUGAAAAAGACAAUCUCUCAAGAUGCUGAGUUUUUCGAUAUUCAUAAAGUUGGUGAUUUGAUUUCGAGAUUAAGUACUGAUGCAUUUGUUGUUUCCAGAUCAAUUACUCAAAACCUUAGUGAUGGUAUGAAAGCUGUUAUUACUGGAUCAGUGGGUAUUGGAGCUAUGUUUUUGAUUAGUCCCCAAUUGGGAAUGGUUGUUAUUGGUUUCACUCCUAUGGUUAUGAUCGCUACGGCUAUAUUUGGUAAUAAAGUUCGUAAAAUUUCAAGAGGUAUCCAACAAGCUACUGGUGAAUUAACCAAAAUUGGAGAGGAACAACUAAGUAGUGUAAAGACUGUUCAAUCAUUUGUUGCUGAACAAAAAGAAUUACGCAAAUAUAACACAGGUAUAAGGAAUUUGUUUGGAUUAGCUAGAAAAGAAGCUAAGUUGAAUGCAACUUUUUAUGCUGGGACUGCUGUUCUUGGUGAUGCUGCAUUUUUGGUUACUUUAGGCUAUGGUGCUCUAUUAGUUGCUCGUGGAAACAUUUCUGUUGGUGAUUUGGCUGCAUUUGCACUUUAUGCUGAUUAUGCUAAUAAUGCAAUGUAUUCCUUAGCAGGGUUCUAUUCAGAAUUGAUGAAAGGUUCUGGUGCUGCUUCAAGAUUAUUCGAAUUAAUCGACAGAAACCCACAAAUUAACGCAACUGUUGGUGAACCAGUCUUAAGUAAACCACAUGGAGAGAUCGAAUUCAAAAAUGUUUCAUUUUCAUAUCCUACAAGACCAAAGAUUCAAAUUUUCAAUGAGUUGAAUUUCAAAAUACCUGCCAAUUCAAAUGUAUGUGUUGUUGGACCAUCAGGUCGUGGUAAGUCUACAAUCACUUCAUUAUUGUUACGUUAUUAUGAUGUGACUGGCGGUGAGAUUCUUCUUGAUGGUAAAGACAUAUCCAAAUAUAGUGUUAAAAGUUUGAGAAGACAUUUAGGUGUUGUUCAACAAGAACCAGUCUUGAUGUCAGGUUCUAUUCGCGAUAACAUCACUUACGGUAUAAAAUCAGAACAUGUUUCCGAAGAAGAAAUUAUAGAGGCUGCCAAAAAAGCCAAUUGCCACGAUUUCAUUGACAAGUUUCCUGAUGGCUAUGACACCAUUAUUGGACCAAGAGGUGCUUUAUUAUCUGGUGGUCAAAAGCAAAGAAUUUCAAUUGCUAGAGCUUUGAUCAAGAAUCCAGCGGUUUUAAUUUUGGAUGAAGCUACAUCUGCAUUAGAUAGUAAGAGUGAAUAUGCUAUCAAUCAAACUCUUCAACAAUUAAUGAGAGAUGAAAAAUUGACCACAAUUUCCAUUGCACAUCGUCUUUCAACCAUUAGAAAGGCUGAUAUGGUUAUUGUUCUUGGGUAUGAUGGUAAAGUUGCUGAAAUUGGGAAAUUUGAGAAAUUGUAUGCUGAUAGAAAUAGUGCGUUAUACAAAUUGUUAAAUGAAGAGAAGCAUGAA